CACAUCCAUACCUUUUUUGAGGUGAAAAAUACGUUAAACAACACUUUUUUUCCCUGCCAUGGUAAACAAAGUUUGUAUGCAGCAUCCAGCUCAAAUAUUUUUGAGGGUAUCCUAUGCGCUCAUCCUGAUUUUUCUGAUGAUUAUAUUGGCAGAUUGUGCAAGAAGAGUGGUCGUAUAUUUACCCCCGAAGAAGAUCAAACACUACCACCAUCAUCACCACCACAUGGUCAUGUUGGAUCCCGAGAGUAAGAUGGUGCUUCCGUUCGCACAACUGCAGCACCCUCUGUCGCCAGCCAAACUGCAAGCUGCCGCCCCCGAAGACGGCAACAAUCACAUCGUCCACCCGCACGUCUACAAGGCUGGCACCCCCACGGCGGCGGCCCAAAACCGCGACUUCCAACCACCCACACUCUCCCUCUCCCGCCUCCUCGCCCACCGCCCCCGCGAUCUCCUCCAGCCCUACGUCAUCCCCGAUCUCCGAUCCCUUGUCUCCGCCCCCACCCGCGCAAGGAGAUACAACUUCGAACCCAUUGCCACAGGCCCAGCUCAAGGAAAACGGAAUAAUAUCAAAAAUACGGAAGGAAUUUAA